UAUUGAUCUCGUUCCACGCGUCCGCAUAAACAUAAAGCAUGGCCGCAUACUCGGACUCCGAGCGCCUCGCCGAGCUCCGCGCCUUCGACGCGACCAAAGCCGGCGUCAAGGGGCUCGCCGACGCCGGCUUCACCUCCGUCCCCCGCUUCUUCGUCCACCCCGACCCCGACCUCGAGCGAACCCCCCGCGCGAAUCUCCAAGUCCCCGUCGUCGACCUCGGCGGCGUCGCCGCCGACCCCGCACGGCGCGCAGCGGCGGCGGCGGCGGCGGGGGGCGCGGCGGAGGCGCUGGGGCUGUUCCACGUGGUGAACCACGGGGUGCCCCAGCAGGUGCUCGACGAAAUGCUCGAGAGAGUGAGGGGGUUCCACGAGGAGGGGGUGGAGGUGAAGGGGGAGUACUACACCCGGGACCUGAGCAGGAAGGUGGUGUACAAUUGCAACUUCGACUUGUUCCAGACGCAGGCGGCGAAUUGGCGGGACACGCUCUCCUUCUCGAUGGCGCCGGAGCCGCCGCGGCCCGAGGAGUUGCCCCUCGCCUGCAGGGACAUAGCCUUCAAAUACGCAAGCUACGUGCAGAAGCUGGGAACCGUCCUCUUAGAGCUGCUCUCUGAGUCACUUGGACUGAACCCUGAUCACCUCAUAAAAAUGGAGUGUGCUGAUGGACUCCGUUUUUUCAUGCACUAUUACCCUGCCUGUCCUGAACCUCACCUCACACUCGGCACGAGUAAACAUUCCGAUUCCGGUUUCAUUACCAUUCUUCUGCAAGAUAGUCUCGGCGGUUUACAAGUCCUCCGUCAGAAUCAGUGGCUCGACGUCCCUCCGGUGCCAGGAUCGUUCAUCGUUAACAUUGGUGACCUUUUACAGUUGAUCUCCAAUGACAAGUUCAAAAGUGUUGAGCACAGGGUGCUUGCAAAUAGCUCUGGCCCCAGAAUUUCUGUGGCAUGCUCCUUCAGCACAAAUCGCGCCACAUCUACAAGGCUCUACGGCCCUCUCAACGAGUUAACUUCGCAUAAUAAUCCACCGCGUUAUAAGGAAGUAACUAUGACGGACUUCCUCGCACACUUCAAUCGCAAAGGCCUGGAUGGGCGGUCGGCGUUAGACCACUACAAAUUGUGAUUUAGGGUCAAAAGUCGAAUUACAAGGUAACGUGGUCAUACUUCACGAAAAAUGCGAAUUAAUUCCGUGACACCCGAUUAGUGACAUUAACAUAACAAUCUUUUUGUCGCUCGUUCGGUUUAAACGAAAUUGUGAAACAAAUGGCGGAGAAAUGAAUGGAUAAGCUUCUUUUAAUGAGAAGGGAUAUAUCAAUAAGCAAUAACUCCAUUUACAGUAAGAUGUACUCUUUUUUUUCUUUUCUUUUUUUGGGGGGAGAAUUUGCAAUUUGCAAGGGUAACAUGUAUUUUCUUUUCUUCAAUGCACAGUUGAAAAGAGUGCUGAGAACAAGGUCUUGAAAGAUACAACUCUCUCUCUCUCUUAUAUAGAACACUCUAGAAUGCUCUAGAAACAAGUGUUCUUUCUACUUGCUAAUAGAACACUCUAGAGUGCUCUAGAAACAAGUGUUCUUUCUACUUGCUAAUAGAACACUCUAGAGUACUUUAGAAAUAAGUACUCUUUCUCUUUAUAGAACAUUCUAGAAAUAAGUACUCUCUGCUUGCUAAUAGAGCACUUUAAAAAGUUCUAGAAAUAAGUGCUCUAGAAUAUUCUAGAGUACUCAUGUAAGUAAAUUGGAGGCCUAUAAAUAGGUGUGAGGCAUCCACACCAAGUGUAUGUGUGAGAGUGUAGAGUGAGAUGAAAUAGUGAAGUAAGGUGCGAGGGGUGUGUGAGAGGAAGUAGUGUGAGUUAGUGUGUGAGCCUUGUAGUCCUUUGAGCGUAUGUAUUAGUGAGUGUGUGUGUUAGAAUAAUUUGUGUGUGAGUUACUUUGUAUGUAAUAAAGAAAGUUUUAUUAUUAAUUUGGUACGUCAAUACUCAGGGUAACGUUUGGUUCGGUUUUA